AUGGCGAUUGACCAGACCAGUGCUAUCGUCAUUGAGUGGUGCUUGUAUGUGACGAGUAUCAUUCUCGCCGGUUGUCGGUUUGGGGUGCACAUUCGAAACAAGACAACGUCUAUGGUUGUAGCCGAUCUGUGGCUCGUCCUCGCCGUCUUGAACUGCACUGCCUUGAUUGCUUGCGACACUGCAACAUACAAAGUAAAUGAGAUGAAUAACUUCAUCUCACCGUCGGAAUAUGUUCGCAAACUCCGAUACGCCACAAUGUACUUGUUUGAUGGCGGGCUCUUCAUUCCCAAGUUUAGCAUGCUGGCGUUCUAUAUACGUAUCAUUCCGGCGACGUCACCCAAGAUGCGCAAAGGGCUGUGGGCAGUGGUAUUUUUUGUGACAGCAUCAGCCAUCGCGGCCUAUGUCGCCAUUACCUUUUGGUGUGGCACUGAUUUGGCCAUCAACUGGUCCGACAAGCCGGGAGCUUGCUCUGCUUUUAGCGCAAAGCCACUGGGCCAGCUGACGUGGUCCCUUAAUAUCAUUUCCGAGAUUUUCAUAUUCCUCUUACCGCUCCCGAUUAUCCGGAGCCUGAACUUCAGAUAUCGACGCGAGAAGGCAGGUUUGCUUUGCAUGUUUAUGCUUGGUAGCUUGACUAUCACGUCUAGCAUUGUGCGCUUUGCCGUACAGGAUCUUGUCGUGAAUAAUCUGCCCAUGUACAUUCUCGCUAUGGCCGAAUAUACCAUCUCCAUCAUGAUCAUCUCGUGUCUCUCUCUCCGUCCUCUUCUUCGUAAAAUUCACCGCAUUGCCACCGACAGCGGCCAAGGCAGUUCGCGAACGCCACCCUUCUCUCGCUCAGCCAAAUUCUUCCAUCGUAGUAACGCGGAACACCACGGUGGUAUCACUAGUGGUCAACUCUCCUCGACCUGGCGAAAGAGCCGGCCUAAAGGCCCGGUGUAUAUCGAAGGUGCGAUAGCCGAGAACGGCUAUGGGAGCCAAGUGGAAUUGACGGAAUUACAAACAGAGCGAAUAUAUAAAGCUGGAGAGGUUAUUGCAACAAGUGAAAGAGAUAAUCUUAGUGUCAGUGACAACGAGAGGAGUAGCGUCAAAGUCUUGGUAAUACAUAACCCUACUGCUAAUUGCUGA